AUGGAACUUCCUCUUUCUCGUUGUGCACUUUCGAAGAAAAAGAAAUCCAGUGGCGCCAGGAGGGAGAAAUGCAUUAGGGCUCCCGGUGCUCGGAAUAGUAGCAGCAGCUGUCGUUACCUUCUAUGUCGUCAGCUUCUCCGAGCUUCGAGAGAAAUCGUUGAACAAUUCGUGAACAAAAUACCAUCGAUAGAUGGGGAAAAUUCAGAGCGCGAAAGAGGAUAG